AUGCUAGGCCAUGUCAUGACACGAAAAUAUGGCAAGAAACGUCCUGCUCUCCAAGGCCACAAUCAUUCAUCGGUUGGCCUUGAAAGUAUCACCAAUUUUCUGGAAAGCACCAACCUCGGAGCAUCUGUUGAUGUCAAAAUUCUUCUCGAAAAGACGAAUCUAGAAAGUGGUGUUGAGAUUAUUAGAACCUCAGUUCACGAUCAUGAGAACAUAGAUCAAAACUCUUCUCCUGAUGAUGUAGCUGAUCUCCUAGAAAAGACAACAUUGGAUAGUAACAUAGGAGAAGCUACUUCUGUGGAGGAACAUUUAAUUCCAAUAGAAGCGGAAGUUGAACUACCAAUUCCUCAAACACCCCUUCCAAUUGCCCCCGCGCUACCUCCACUAAAUCCACGCCUCGCAGCCUCUCUCUCACCUCUUCUCGAUGCCUACGAAAAGGACAAUGGCUAUCCUCUAGCCACUAAAAACUGGGACGAUGUCCUAGCGCCUGGCUCUAGUAUUCAAAAAAUAGCUGAAGCAUCAUAUGCAGAAGUAUUUCGCAUUUCAAACCCAGUCGGCUCUUCAAUUCUCAAGCUCCUCCGCCUCAAAGUUCCUACAGAUCCUACGUCAAAAAGAUCAGAUACUGCAAUUAAAGUUGAAACCGUUGUAUCUGAAAUGCGUCUUAUGAAUGCACUUACAGAAAUUCCUGGCUUUGUAAAGUUCAAAGAUGCACAUAUAGUGGAAGGAAAGCCACCAGCCGAUUUUGUAACAGCAUAUGAAGGUCAUUUGGACGCCGGUGGAGAAUCAUAUUUUCCACAUCCAAACAAGAUUUCCAAACAUGCAGUAUUCUUAGCCAUUGAGCUCGGCGAUGCAGGACAUGUAUUGGAGAAAUAUUCAAUCAAGAACGUCGAUCAACUUUGGGACAUAUUUCUCGGUGUUGUAAUUGCUUUAGCAAGAGCAGAAAUCGAACAUGAAUUCGAGCAUCGCGAUCUCCACGAAAACAAUAUAUGUAUCCUCGAACAUACCCCUCCUGCAACCACCUCUAAGUCGAAAUCGAAAUCGAAAUCUAAGUCCCAAACUCCGACCUCCCCCCACAAAUUUGGCAACUCGGGCCUAGAAAUAACAAUCCUCGACUACGGUCUCUCCCGCGCAACCAUCUACCCCCACCCUUCCCCAUCAAAUCCAUCUCCAGCCCCCGAAACAGUCUUUUAUAACCUCGAAUCCGACACUGCAGUCUUCUCCUCAUUCGAACCCUCCUCCAUCGCCGGCAUACAAUUCGAUACCUACCGUCGAAUGCGCGCUCAUCUAUUCUCAGGAGGCGACUCAAACACUAACGCUAAUACACCCAACAAAGCUAUCCGCGAUGCUAUCAAAAAGAAAAGACAUUCAUGGGAAGAAUAUAUGCCAUAUAGCAAUGUACUAUGGUUAUAUUUCCUGAUAGAAUAUCUAACAGAAGUAGCACCAAAAGGAGGAAGAGGAAAACAGGGAAAACAAGCAUGGAUAAGAGAAACAGAAGAAUUAAGAUGGCUUUUACAUCCGGAUUGGGUACCUGGAAAUGGACAGGAUGGAAGUCCUACAGAAGAAGAAGAAGAGGAAUUGGGAUUAGGGUGUGCGGGUGAUGUAUUACAAUAUGCAUUUGAUAUGGGCUGGAUCCAUGAAGAAGAUCUAGGGGAUUUAGAUACGAGUCGUUUAACUUUAAGGGAAGAUCCUUAA